GGAGGACAAGGAAGAAAAAAAAGGAAAGGAAAGGAGAAUGCUGUCACUUUUGGAUUGUGAAAGGAAGGAAGAAUGAAGACCCUUGCAAAUAUUUUUCUGGGAUUUUUCAUCUUUGAGGGCAUUGUGGCUGCUCCUACCAUUGAUACACUAACUUAUGACUCCGAUUUAUAUGGCAUAAUACUUGGAGAGUCAGAUAAUCUAUUUGACCACAUUGAAAAUGAACAAUCUGCUCAGGCAGAGACAGAAGUUGGCACAAUAUUACCUUUUGUAACUCAAGACAGUUACUCCUCUGCACCACUGACUGAAGAGCCUGAGGAGGAAGCAUCAACGCCAAAACUUAUUGACGGUUCCUCGCCACUGGGCUCUGGAGUUCUUGGGCCCCAAACACAUGAUGGCCUUCCAACUUGUCUUCUGUGUACGUGUCUGGGAACCACAGUCUACUGUGAUGAUCAUGAACUCAACGCUAUUCCCCCACUCCCUAAGAAAACCACCUAUUUCUACUCCCGUUACAACAGAAUAAAAAAGAUCAACAGAAAUGACUUUGCUAACCUAAACAAUUUAAAGAGAAUUGAUUUGACAGAAAACUUUAUAUCUGAGAUUGAUGAAGAUGCCUUCAGAAAAUUGCCUCAGCUUCAGGAGCUGGUGCUCCGUAAUAACAAAAUAAGGCAGCUCCCUGAGUUACCUGCCACCUUGACAUUUAUUGAUAUUAGUAACAACAGGCUGGGUCGCAAAGGAAUAAGGACUGAAGCAUUCAAAGAUAUGAUUGACCUACAACAUCUAUACAUCACUGACAAUAACUUGGAUCACAUCCCACUCCCACUCCCUGAAAGUCUUCAAGCUCUUCAUCUUCAGAACAACAAUAUUCAAGAGAUGCAUGAAGAUACUUUCUGCAAAAUGAAAGAUGUUACUUAUGUCCGUAGGGCUCUAGAAGACAUCAGACUGGAUGGUAAUCCCAUCAAUUUGAGCAAGACCCCUUAUGCUUAUAUGUGUCUACCCCGUUUACCAAUUGGUAGUCUCAUCUAAGCUUAGACAGUGACCAAAACUCAUUUUCUAUGAUACGCUCCACAAAAAGUGAACAAGUCAUUGCUACAUACAGCACAACACAUAAUUUUCAAAGCUUAUUAUUUUGUAAAGACACGUUUAUUGAUAAUUAGAAUUGUAAAAGGUAAAUCCAUUGUUUAUUGAACAAUAUAAUGUACAAUACUAUAAACAAUAUAUUAAUUAUAAGAUUGCUUUGAAUAUAUAGAUAGCAACUAUCAGGAAAAGAGAUCUGAAAUGUGUAGAUUUGAUAUUGGAACAGGCAGCUGUAGUGGGGGA